AUGGAUCCAACACCAGUAAAGCUACCUAUUCACGAUCAUCCUCUUUUUCCGACAGCUCUUUUUACCGGAGGUUCAUGUAGAGGUUGCCAUGUAAAUGAGGACAUGUACGGUGGCUACUUUUGCCCUAAGCUUGGUUGUUCUGCUACGUUCCAUAAGGAGUGCGGCGAGGCACCAUUGGAGAUAAGCCAUCGUUCCCACCCUCAACAUCCUCUCAUGCUCACACACGACGACUCGGGAGAGAGUCCAUGUGAUUUUUGUGGACAAAAGCUAUUGCCUCCCUAUUAUAGUUGUUCAACAUGUCAUUUCAAGGUGGAUUUGAUUUGUGGGGUGAAACCAUUACCAACUACUAUUGAACAUCCAAUGUGUCAUGAACAUCCACUUGUCUUCUUGAAGACACAAGAAGACAAUAUCCUUUGUGAAUUUUGCAAGGAGUCUAUUCGCGGACCUUCCUAUGCUUGUCUUGGAUGCUAUGUGUAUUUUCAUGUGGAUUGUGUCAAUCUAUCUAAAGAGGUAAACCAUCCUUGUCACUCUAGUCACCCUCUUAAACUCAUCGUAUCUGAUACACUUUUAGAUGAUGCUGAGAAGUCUUGUCUUAUAUGUGAAAAAGCAAAAGGUUUGGUUUAUCACUGUUCCAUCUGUAAUUUCACCAGCUGUGUAAGUUGUACCAAAAACCCACCACCUCUUGUUAUUGAGCACACCAAGACCCAUGAACAUCCACUUACUCGGUUUUCUAAGAGAAUCUCAUAUACUUGUGAUGUUUGUGGGCUAGCAGGCAUGACAAGUCUUUAUAUUUGUGCUCAGUGCGAUUUUGUUAUCCACAUAAACUGUAUAGGCUUCCCCCGCGUCGUCAACAUCAAUAGACAUGAGCAUCACAUUUCUUUCACUUAUCAUCCUCGUACCGGGUAUUCAAGAUGUGGAGUCUGCCGCCAAUAUAUAAGUCAGUACAAGGGAGCCUAUUAUUGCCUUGUUUGCCCUAACUAUGCAGUUCAUUUUAUGUGCGCGAUUAAGUUUAGCGGAUGGGAUGGUAUAGACUAUGAAGGGACACCAGAUGAGAUCAUAGAAGAUGUUUCCGCAUACAAGGUGGUGGGUGAUAACUUGAUAUGUCAUUUCAGCCAUGAGAUACAUCCUCUAAAGCUCCACAAGGAAUAUAUCAUUCAUGAUGAUCACAAACGAUGUGAAGGAUGUAUCCAUCCACUAGGAUUUGGCUCCAUCUACGUUUGCGAAGAAUGCGGAUUUUUUCUCCAUGAAAAGUGUGCUAAUCUCCCUAUGAAGAAAAAAUUCGUCUUCGACUAUUUAAAAUACACUUUGAAAGCUGUUCGAGGAGUUAGUUACUGCAAGUUUUGUAACACAUUAUCCGGUGGUUUCAAGUACACAGCACAAGGAAGGGUCGAUAUAGAUGUACAUUGUGGUUCCUUAUCCGAGCCUUUCGUCCAUGAUGGACAUAUACAUCCCCUAUAUAUACAAGUAGUUCAAGCCAUUUGCGGAGGAUGCAAUAACAAGAUAUAUGGUUGUGCGAUGCGUUGUGAUAAUCAUGACUUUACUUUAUGUUUGUAUUGUGCUAGUUUGCCAGGAAAGAUUUGGCAUAAGAACGACGACGCGCACCCUCUCAGUUUAUGUUGUGGCGAAAAGGCAAGUAUCAAAUAUUGGUGUGACAUUUGCGAAGGGGAAUUAGAUCCAAAUGUAUGGUUCUAUACAUGUUAUGAUUGCGGAGUAACCUUGCAUACUUAUUGUGUACUAGGAGAUUUCUCACGUCUCAUGCCAGGGCAGUUGAUCUACUCUAUGGGAAUAAUACUUGAGGUGGUUCUUAAUAAUCACAACACUCGACUAUUAUGCAGCCAAUGUCAUUGUCGAUCCAAGGUCUCGGUCAUGUUACGAGAUUGUAAGAAAUACAACGAAUAUAUUUGUUCCGGUUCAUGUUUAUCGAGGUUUUUGGGGUCUCCGUCAUCUUAAGAGAUUGUAAGAAAUAUCACACUUGGAACGAGACCAUAUAACAUGGUCUCGAGC